AUGCGGGAAGCAGCUCCUAGGCGGGACGGCGCCGGCUCGAGUGGAGCGCGAGGCGCCCAUGCAGACAGCUCUGACGGCGGCGGUGACACCGACUUCAGCGAUGACAAUCUCGAGGAGAUUGUCUCCUCCAGCGGAUCCGAGGACGACUCCGACAACUCGAACGCGAAGGACAGUAGCGACGAGGAGGAUUCCGACGCGGAUCCCGCAGGCUCGGAUGCUGGACCAAGUACACGCAAGCGCAGACUCAACGAGACCGCCACCAUGGCGGCAGCGAAAGUCAUCGCCGACACAAUCACAACAUGCAAUGCUCAGGCGUUGCGGCAGCUUAGUGACACGGUGCAACUCCUCGUGACAGCCAUCCACGUCGCUGCCACCCUGGGUAGGGCUCCGCCUCCACAACCCCAGCCCGUGUCGCCGCCGCCGCCCGCCAAUGCGCACGCCCUCACAGUCACGGAUGGCAACGAGGACUCGCCCGCCUUAGACAGAGAGGCUGGCGACAAUCCCCACGAUAGGGACGAUGAGGCGCGCGAUGACAGGACGUCCGACUAG